AUGAACGUCGGACAACCUCGAAAUUUCGACCCAACCACCAUGGCGGCGAAAGCCAAAGCAAAAACGAUCAUUGUUCAGUUGUUUUCAUCGGCCCGUACAGGGUAUUUUUAUUCGACGACGCGUCCAAGAGCUGGAGCCAAGUUGACUCAAAAAAGAAAUCUCGCGCCAAGUAAAGACAUUGCGGGUCCACUUUCUUCAAGCUACUGGCCAUUGACACUUAGGAACACGAAACACAGUUCGAACACGAAUGGAAGGCACGAACCAUACGCCAUUGGACUCGACAGAACAGCGGAAUUGACUCACAGUGGCACCAAGAUGAACGUGACCAUUCCAAAUUCCAUUCGACAUAGAAAUCCAAACCUAAACGUGCAUGCUCAACUCGUUGGGCGGAGCGGAAGAUCCAUGGAUGCUGGGCCUAUUGGAACAUUGGUGGAUGAACUUAGUAGAGCUACCAGACCGCUGAUGCACGGCCAUUUCUGA